AUGGAUUCAAACACAUCAUCAUCAGGAUACUUUCUAAACCAUGAAAAUCUUCACUCGGUUUACUAUGAAGCCAAGGAGGGGGAUGGAAUAAUUGACUUGGGACUUAGUCUUAGGACCUUGCAGCCUCAAGCUUAUCAUGCAUCUGCUCAUGGUACCGAUGAUUAUGGAGACCUGAUAGACUGGCAAGAGUUGAAUCCUAAGUUGAAAAGUUCAAAAAUGGGAUAUAAGAGAAAAAUCCGAGAAAAUUAUGACAAUGAAACAGAGGGAGUUCAAAGCAAAGAACGCGGGACUUAUGUGAAGGUCAAUAUGGAUGGGGUCGUUGUUGGCCGGAAAAUAUGCAUCCUUGAUCACCCGGGUUAUUCAUCACUUGCACUUCAACUUGAAGACAUGUUUGGUAGACAAUCCAUAUCUGGGUUACAGUUAUUCCAAGUUGGGUCAGAAUUUUCCUUGUUUUACAAAGACACAGAUGGGAAUUGGAGGCCAGCUGGUGAUGUUCCAUGGAACAAGUUUGUAGAUUGCGCGAAGAGGCUUAGGAUUGUGCCCAAGAAUGAAGCUUUUGUUCCCUCAUCAUCGGCAUUUGCUUAAUCUCUCUCCCUCGUAUUGUUUGACAAUGUCUUUUAUUUAACUUUGUAAUUUGAUGAUUUCAAUUUAAAUGCA